AUGAGUAGUUUAAAAGAUUCUGUGAUUAGCUUUCAAAAAAAUACCGGGGAAAUAGUAGAAGAACACUUUGAAAAACUAAAAUCUCAGGUUGAUAAUAAGAUUUUGGACAUUAACAAUUCGAAAGUUUCUCAAACAGGCACUAUAGUUAGAUAUAAAUCAAAAGAGUCAAUCUACAGCUCUUGUGACUUUUUAGAUUUGGAAUCUCUUUCUGAAAAUGGAACCAAUCUAGGGGAAUUAAAUAAAGGUACAAAAGAAGCAAAGCUUGUGUCUAAUUGCAGCUCUAAUUUAGAUGAAUAUUUGGAUACCUGCAGCAAGUCAAUAAUUAGUAGAAAUAGUAGUCUUUUAUCAGUAGAAAGCAUAACAUUUGAGGAAAAUAGCGAAUGCGCACUUCAAGAAUAUCGAAAAAAUUGUGUGAAAAGUAUAGAUAGUGCUGAAUUAGAUGAUCUAUCCAGCAUGAAUGUAAAAGUAUGUAGAGAAAACGAAAUAUUCAAUGACAACUUGAACAGAAAAUUUUCAGGAGAUCAAGACCCUACAAAACCAGGAUUUCUAAGUAAGUUAUCAACCAAAUUCUGGAAUUUUGAGGAGAGUUUGAGUUUGUCAAAGUUUGAUUCAAUUAGUGGAAUAAAAACUUUUUUACUGGGGAAAACUGGAUAUCAAAAUACCUUUGGGAGUGAGCAAAAUACUCCCAAUUAUGUUUUUUCGGGUCCUGAGCUAGAAGAUGGACAUGUGUUUUUUGCAAAUUCAAGAGAUGGUUAUGAUUCACAAAGAAGUGAGUCAGAUACAAGUGAAGAAAGCGUUAGAUAUCCUUUAAUAAAUUUUGAUACAAUAAAUUAA